AAUAAUAAUAAAAUCAACCUUCGGAUAUGUAACAAAGAUGACAUCUCAUUUCAUCCUGCAAUAUAAUUUAUUUUGAUUGUUUGUGCAGGGCACAUUGGGAGUUAAAUAGGUAGGUUAAAUGUCUAGUUUUACAUUUGAUGUUUGUGUUUUAAUUUAUUCCAAGAAACAAGUUGUCUAAUGAAAUGCCAUUAAUCAUACUAGACAUCUCCAUAUUACAUGUGUGAUGCAUUUCAUGACUUUUAAGAAAUUAAUGUUUAUGUGAAUUUUAUAGUUCUUUCAGAAAAGCAAAACGGCUUUUACUGUCAAAGACCUAUAAACAUAAUAACAAAUAAUUUUACAUAAUAUUCAGAAUGUGUAAUUGAAAUGGCUUCCUACUUAGUGUUCAUCUAGCUUAUCCUUGGGUUAAUAACAUAGUUUAUCAAAUGGAGGCUAUAGAUCUUUGAUGAUUCUUUAUUAUUUCAUGGAUAAGGAACCCUAAAAGCUUAAUCUUAUAAAUGAUAUCUCAGCAUGAAUAAUUUGUAAAAUUGUGGAAAAUUUUACCACAAUGUGUUUUUUCAUUUGAAAUUUUACUCAAAUUUCAUUUGUGUGUUUGUCUUUGCCUAGAGGUUGUUUGACAUUUCAGGUUGAAAUGUUUAGUGUCUACCUUUGAUUUAUAUUUUAGAUUUCAAUUUUGCCAAGUAGGUUUAUAAUUAUAUCAUCAAGUUAUAAAAUUAGUUUUAUAUAAAAAAAUGCAGUACAGUAUGAGUUAAAAAAAAUUGAAUGGGGAUCACCAUAAUAUAAUAAUAUUCAGUUGACAAUCAUUUUCCUGUUUCCUGUAUGUACUUUUUGAGGGUAUUACUAUAUGGGCUAGUCUUCUUGCAGUAUUUUUAUGUUGCUAAUUACCUCGGUCAGCUAAUGAGGUAAUGUGUCUGGUUUCCAUCUGUUUGAUGGAUUUCAUGAAAUAUUCAGUAUAAGUCAGAGAUGGGCUGUCUUAAAAGGGAUUGAAUUUUUGUAGCUUUCCAUGAACUUGAUUACCAUAAUUUUCUAAAGGAUUCUUCACAGUUGUUGGAAAGGGUCAGUUAUCUUUACCCUUUGUGCAAUGAACAUGUUUCAACUACCACAACUUAUCAGUGACAGGUCCUUGGUGGAGGGCUGUGCAUUCUGAAUGCUGUUCAAGUUGACUGUUUGUGUCCCAGUUAUGUACAUUUUUGAAUGUGAUCUGAAUCCUUGUGUUUCUUAUUAAUGCUUAGAAGGUUGUUCUAGUAAAUGGGUUUUUGAAAUAAAAAGGCUGUUCACAGUUGUUUACAGGGGAGCACUCAGGAUAAAGCAUAUGCUAAUGAGAAAAAAGCGUGCUUUAUUUAAUAAUUAAUAUUUGAAUAAAUGAAGUAUUAGAUAUUUUCUGUAAGGGCACAAUUUAAUUUUUUUUAAACUUGUUGUUGCCAUAAAAUUUUAAUCAUGUUUUAUGUGAGCUGGUCUCUGCUUUUUUCAGUUGGAUGGUCCCAGAAUAAAAGGUAGUUUUAGCAGAUGUGAAUUGUUUAUGUAUUGAGAAUGACCCUUACUAAUUCUUGCUGCAUUACUUGCAGUUUUGGUGCCAUGUAGAUACUAAAGAUGACUGAGCUGUUAGUAUGAUUUUACUCUGCAUAAAUUCUUGUUGUUUACAAAAUUCAUGUAAAGAUAUAGUAAAUAAGUAAUAAUAAGUUUUACAGAUACUAUAAUAAUGCAUCAAAUUGAAUAUUGAAUUGCAUUAAUCUAAUGAUGGUACAGGUGACACAGUAAACUCUAUAUUAUUCUUUUUAGUAAUAAAAUUGGGUUGUAUAUUUGUUGGUUUUUCAGUUAAUGGAUUGUCUUAAUCAUGCUUGAUAUGUUGUGAUUAUUUAAUAUGUAGUUCGUAAAAAAUUAUUUUAAGAAUAAAACAGGGUCAGAAAAACAUGUUAUGGUUCCUUUCCUUUUAAGUACCAAAUGCUUCAUAUAACUUAAGUACACACAUUAAAAUGCAUAAUGAAUAUGACCCAAACUUCAAUAUUUGUGCUUUCCAAAUUUACAUAUGUUUUUGUUAUUUGGGGUGAGUGGGGUGGGGAUGGUACAUGUAUUUGUACAGAUGUUUGUAAUGUAAAUGUACCUGCUUUAGGCACUGCUACACCAACCCAAAUGGAAUGUAGUAGCUCAGGUGAAAAAAGUUUUUGUUCAUUGUGGGGUAGUGCCAGUUUCUACCUCCAAUAGUAUUGAAUACAAUAAAAACCAGGUAAGAAUGCUGAAAUGUGACAAAAUUUUAGUCAAAUAGAAAAUGUUUGCUUAAAUGUAUAUUAUGGCUGUGUAACAGACUGUGAAAUCAUUAUGCUAAUUAAAUUAUGUUGAUAUGUAAAUGUGCAGUUGCAACACAAAACUCCCACUAACCCCUCUCCCCUGGCUUUAACAAAUGAGACAUAUUUCUUCAUACAGAUCUACACUGCAAAACUUGUCCCAUAUCUGCUCUUUGAUUACACUGAAUUAAUAUUCCCCUCUUACAUCAAGUUAAGUACAGGCAUACUUCAUCAUACAGUGGCAACAGUGUCGUGCCUAUGGCUAUGUCACAGAUACUGUCAAGCAUUUGGCUCAUUCACAGCUGUUUUACAGCUGAAGAAGGCGGUACCAUACAGACUAACCAUAUACCUUAAUAAAAAGUCACAGGAAAAUGGCUCCAGGAACAAACAGAAGGGCAUGUGUACUGGUAACAGGCGGUGCUGGUUAUAUAGGUAGCCAUGCUGUUGUGGAGUUGAUAAAUUCAGGGUACGAUGCUGUCAUAGUGGAUAACCUAAGUAAUGCAUAUAGAGAAAGCAUAAAUAGGGUUGAAGAAAUUACUGGUUCGAGCAUCCCUUUCUAUGAACUAGAUAUACUGGAUAAAGAAGAACUUUCAAAUGUCUUUGAAAAGCAUGAGAUAACCCAUGUUAUGCAUUUUGCGGGCAGUAAAGCCAUUGGGGAGUCUUGUCAAGUUCCACUCAUGUACUACAACAACAAUUUGUUGGGAGCUAUUGCACUCUUUAAUGUAAUGAAGAAGUAUCAAGUAAAGAAUCUAGUGUUCUCCAGUUCAGCUGCUGUGUAUGGAGUUCCACAAUAUCUGCCAAUUGAUGAAAAACAUCCAACAGGGGGCUGCACCAGUCCAUAUGGGAGAACAAAGCUUUUUAUUGAGGAAAUGAUUAAAGAUAUAUGUCAUUCAGAUAAGUGGAAUGCAGUACUCCUGCGCUACUUCAACCCUAUUGGUGCCCACAUCUCUGGUAAAAUAGGAGAAGAUCCCUCUGGACAUCCCAACAACUUGAUGCCUUAUAUAUCACAGGUGUCUGUGGGAAGGAGAAGUGAACUAAGUAUAUUUGGGAAUGACUAUGAUACACCUGAUGGUACAGCCCUGAGAGAUUACAUCCAUGUGGUAGACUUAGCCAAGGGGCAUGUGAAAGCACUCAAGAAAUUAGAAGAGAACUGUGGGUUAAAGUAUUACAAUCUUGGCAUUGGGCGCAGCUAUUCAGUACUGGAAAUUGUGAAAGAAUAUGAAAAGGCAUCUGGGAGACAGGUACCUUACAAGAUUGUAUCCCGCCGAGUUGGUGAUGUACCCAUCCUGUAUUCAGACCCGGCAUUAGCAGAGGCAGAGCUGGAUUGGAAGGCAGUGAAAGAUCUCAAGGCAAUGUGUGAAGACACAUGGCGUUGGCAGUCUCUGAAUCCACAUGGCAUGCGCGAAGUCAUAUCCCCUUCCUAGAAUUCUGAAUCAUCAUUUUCAAGGAGCUGUUACAUAUUCUUCAGGAAAAAUGACUAAUAUAGGGAAAUUAUGUGUAGCUGAAGUCAGACAAUUUUAAUCCAUAUCUGAACAAAAAACCUUUGGAAACGCUCAUUUACUCUUAGCAAUUCCACUAGUCAACAUGAUGAUAAACUUGUCAUCAGCUGUAGACGAGAAGACAAUGUGUAGCAUAUACAUUUAUUGGGAUCAGUGCUUGAGCACAUUUAGCAGCCUAUAGACCAGCAAUCCUAGGUGCUCUUUUGGAAUAAGAAGGAAGCAUCAACCUUAUCUACAAAACAUAAAGUCCAAUAACUGUAAGCUGCUCAUAUUAUAUGUUUAGAUAUAGGUAACUUAGAUUAUAUCCUUAUCUCACUGAUAUUUUAUUGUGGCUACACUGCUGCUAUACUACUUACAGAUUUUAGAAUAGAUUCUUUGAUAUUAACAAAAAGAAAAUAAUUUGCUAGAAGACAUUCUUGAAGUUUCAAAUACAGUGUGACUUGUCCAGUUAUAAAAUCAGUUUUUGUCUACUUUAAAAAUAAUAUAUUUCAAGUGAAAACAAAAAAUAUAAAAAAUGCUAAUAAACUGCAGCGCAAAAAAUGAUGAAAGCUACACAUAAACAUUGUCAAAUUCACUUUUCUAGAAAGACAAUACUUCAGACAUGCUGAAACUGUCGGUCCGAUCGGUCAUGACUGGGAAAAUUUGUCUGGACCGGUAAAAAAUUGGACUU